AUGGACACCAACCCAGCCAUCCCUACUCGAGCCAAAGGCACCGGCGCCCACUUCGUCAACGGUCACAGUCCGCUCCAUUCCUCCUACUCCGCCGACACCGACCGUUCGGAUCGCGAGAGCACCUUCAAUGCGAUCAAGUCUUCCAUGGGCCCUCGCAAUGAGCCCCUCGAUGUUGAGGAACUGCAGCUCGACGACACGACCAACGGUCAACGAUCGUUUCACGGCUCCACGGCGUCUCCUAAGCAAAACCCCUCCGCACGGCAAUACGAGGAAGUGGCAGACGGCGACAUCGAAGAUCUCGAUCAGAAGAUCUCCGCACGCGAUCUACGAGACCAAGUACCUCUCACGCCCCCAGCAACGACUCGAUCUGCCUCCCCGUUCGUCUCCCAAAACCCCACCAUUGAUUUCGACGGGCUGUCCUGGCCCAGCGCCGGCACGCUUUCCCGCCUUCGCGAACGAGAACACCCUACAGAUGCCGAAGCGAGAUUGGAGAAGCUUUCGGGAGCCGUGCGAACGAUACUGGAGUGCAUUGGAGAGGAUCCAGACAGAGAGGGGUUGCACGGCACCCCGGAGCGGUAUGCGAAAGCCAUGAUGUGGUUCACAAAGGGCUACGAGGAGAACUUGCGGGACAUUGUGAAUGGCGCGGUAUUCCAUGAGGACCACGAUGAGCUCGUGAUAGUCAAGGACAUUGAGGUGUAUUCGCUUUGUGAGCAUCAUUUGGUGCCUUUCACGGGGAGGAUGCACAUCGGCUACAUUCCAUCCCGCCGGGUCAUCGGCCUCUCCAAACUCGCCCGUAUCGCCGAGAUGUUCUCCCGCCGGCUUCAGGUCCAGGAGCGACUGACGAAGCAAGUGGCUUUGGCUCUCAGCGAAGUAUUGAAGCCGCAGGGCGUGGCGGUAGUUAUGGAAAGCAGCCAUCUGUGUAUGGUGAUGCGGGGCGUUCAGAAGCCCGGAGCAAUGACAACGACAAGCUGCAUGCUGGGAGCGAUGAGGAAGAGAGCGAAGACCAGAGAGGAGUUCUUGAGCCUUCUUGGCAGGAGAUGA